CACCACAAGCUUCGUACGUAUAUUGCAUUUGAAGUGUGUCGAUUUUGACCAUUUUCUCUACCACUUGAAGUGGGAGCAGAGAUGAGAACAAGCAACACAUGCAUUCAUAUAUGCAUGCGCGCGCGCGCACACAAUGGCUACAUGUGAAUGUAAGGUCAUUAUGGUAUAGCUAUAUGUUUGAAAACUAUAAACUGUUCUCCAGAACUGUAUCGAAAGUAGUCAGUACUCAAUGCUUAAAGUAUAUGAGCAUAAUAUAAUACAAAAUAUAUGCACACUUAAACGGAAACAAACAGUUUGGAAUAAACAGUAAUCGUGUAGUGCAAAAUCACGAGAGCAAUCGUCGACGAGAAAUAAGAGAAACGAGAGAGAAAAAAAGAGUGUUGUUGCACACAAAAUGCAAACGCGUGGCUGCAUAGCCAGCUAUGCGCUUUGUUUCUUGGUGAUUCAGGUAAAGUUGUCGAACUCACGCACGUCUUGGCGUCUCAAUGCGGAUAAAGUUGUGAAGAUUACAACAUCUAAUGGAAACUCAGCAACAGCGCCGGCACUAGAGGACGACCUUAUCCUUGAUAUCUUAACGGGUAGCAAGAGUCUGGGUAAUGGACAGGGUUGGACAAGAUCAGCCACGCCGUCUUCGACGGGCUCAGAGAAACUGCAAGUCUAUUACAAUGAGUGUAAGAGUUAUGCAUCUGGAACACAAGACCGACAUUACUCCGCGUAUACGUUGAAGGAUGCCUCAACGAACGUCACCGAGAAGAGUUUUGGGCUUGGUAGCGCACCAUCUGGAUCACAUGCAACAUCCAGCGAUCAGCAGCAGCAACAACAGCAACAACAACAGCAUCAAUUGACAUGUGGAUCAUGGGGACAGUCAUACGAUGACAUUGUCUUGGACUGCGGAAAGCCGGUGAACUUCACUUAUUACGAUCAUCUGCUGGGCGUUGCUAAUAGGAACAACCAUCCAUUGGUACCAGAACCUAAUGUUGUCCUUAUUUUUAAGAAUGCUGAUGAAAAAGUAAUCGAGUUCGACAUUGAUCUAUUAGAGCGGCGACUAAAAAGGGCUAAAAAAGAGAAACCAAAGUCCGUGCAGCUUUACAACCAAAUCGGCAACUUUUGGCGCAUCAAGGGCAAUGCUCAGCGAUCGAUCGAGUGCUUCCGACGAGCUCUUGCAGUUUCACCGCAUAAUGCUGAAGUACUGUUAAAUCUCGCCCGAGUCUUGCUAAUGCUCGAGUACCUGGACGAGGCGUCAUAUCUCGCGAGGCGAUCGCUUGAACUACAACCGCCUGAUCGUAACGCCUGGGAACAGUAUCUCACACUUGGACAGAUAUUUAAAGCUUUUGGAUAUUUUCAAGAAGCUGCCGUGCAUCUUCGACACGCGUUAGAACUAAAACCAGACCUUGUCGAUGCAGCAAAAGCUUUAAAAGAACUUGAAUCACUUCCAAUAGCCAGCAUACAUGUGUAUACACUUCUCAUUAUAGUAUGCUUGGUUCUUGGUGUUCUUCUAGUCGUCCUAAGCAGCGUCGAGUGCGAAGAAGAUUCAACGCUAUCCUCGGAACAACCUCAGCGGCCUGCACAACGUCACUUUAAUCGUGCCAUGGCAAUGCGUAGUUUGCGCCUCAAUGUUUCGCGUGGAAAACGCUGCUAAGUAUCAGUUGUGACAGAAACGAAACUUAAGAAUAUAAUUGAAUUCCACUUCUUACGACAAUAGACGAAAAUAAUUGUGCGUAAAGCAAUUUAUUAUAUGAACGAUAAGUUAAGGAACAAAAGGAAAUAUAUUAGCAGUUACGUCAUGCUUGUCUUUCCUUUAUUUUUUUUUGUACUCGAGCUACGUUUUAAAAACUUGUCAUCUGCAGUCAUAAAGUUUUGGUCGAUUUACAUUUAUAGAACGAAUGUUAAAAUUAAUUUUAUUGACGAAAAAUUAAAUGAAGAAUUUAAUA